AUGCUAUUACUAGUUCUGGUUCUCGUGAUAACGCUGGCCCUGGUGGCGCCGCAGUUGGUCUCGAACCUGCGCGACAUCGGCACUGUCGCGCUGGAAAAGCAGGCGUCGAUCAGCGCCACGAAAAAGCCCGGCGAGUCCGCCGUAUACCGCUCUGUCGACGUGCCACACGGCCUGCCGUUGACCACGGGGCUGCGCAUUCAGACGGGCUACAAAAUCAGGGACGGCAUUCUCAAGGAUAUAUGGCACCAGGCACUGCAGAAGGACACAGUUCUCGAAGUUGGCGGCGCAACGCGCUCGAUUCGCCAGAUAAAUGGCAUGAUUUUGCAUCUGGCCCAGCAGAUGGACCAGCACAACGUGGGCCCGCGCGUGGGGCUCAAUUCGGGUCUCGACGACCUGCACGCGCUCGUGGUGCUCUUCUGCUGCUUUUUCGUGUGCGACAGGACCGUUGUUGUGGGGCAAAACCCGAACGUCGACGUGCUAUUUGAGAGGAAGACUGCCGGCUCUGCUGCCAACGUCGUUGACCUGGACGACCCGACGUAUUUUCUCGAGCGCCCUGAAACGACAGACUACGCGUACAAUCCCAUCAAAGACUACUCGCGCUUCAACAAUGAGCCCUACAUCGAGCUGAUCGACGGCGUAGAAUACCGGUAUUUCCAGCGCAGCUUUGUUUCCGCGGUCGCGUCGCAGCUCAUGUCGUUGUCGACGGCGUUUUCGUGGUCGACCCGCGACAGACUGCUUGUGGUUGUGGGAAACAGAAACAACGCGCUGGUCAAGAUCUUGUGCGGGCUGCUGACUGGCGUCGAGCUGAUCACCGUCGCUGCCGACGCGCCGAUCGACGCUCUAGUCGGCAGCCGGCCGACGAUCGUUUCUGCUCCGAGCGCGUGGUUGCAGCCGCUUGUGCACGUGCGGCCGUCCCCGCUGCGGGCGCUGCUGCUCAACCGGGCCGAGUUCCUCAACUCCCACGGCAUUUUCAACCCGCUAGGCAAAAUGUAUGCCACCAGACUGCGGCUGGUGUAUCUCCAGGACUCGAUUUUCACGUCGGCGCAAUACAACAAGCUCAAAAGCCUGCUGCAUGCCCGUAUCGUCAAGGAGACCGAUAUCCGCGGCUCCAUGGGCCCGCUGCUGAAAACGAAUUUGUUUGAGUACCGCCUGCUGGGCCAGAACCAGCUGGGCGUGCCGGCAAACUCUGUGGAGCUCAAGACUCGUGACGGCCGGCUCUACGCGCGCGGGUUUGUGCUCGCAAAGCAUGACGCCAUGAAGGUCGAUGAGGAGAUGUGGACAGACACCGGGCUACGCGGCUUUUUCGCCACGGAUGGGUGUUUUUACGCUAGCUAGUUAUAAACUCGUUUGAUCACGUCCACCCAUUUUUUUUCGGCCACCAGCUCGUCGUUCUCCCACGCAACAAUUUUAUUGCUCAGGUGGAAAUUCUCAGCGUCGGCCUGCAGAACAGCCGUCGUCUCCAUCUUCACGUUCCAGCCGUCCUCCUUUCUGCCCAUCGAAUAACUGUAGAGGCACUCGUUAUACGCGGAAAGCGGGUCGUUUUCCUUGAUUUUCCAAACGUUUGUGUUGCAGCUGCCGUGGUAGAUCCCCGACAGGUUGCCGUACUCCGGGAUUGUCACCUGCCCGGCGUCCUCGAUGUCCGUGAGCGUCCACUCAAACGUCGUGCAGUCAAACUGCACGGUCUUUUUCCUGCCCUCGGGGACGUCGAUUGUGGUUUUGAUCGGCCGGCAGAUCGACGGAGUCCCCAAGUCUGGAGGAGCCACCAGCGUUGUCUCGUCCAGCAGUGGCAGCACGAGCUUGCCCCCGUGCAGCGUGAGCGUCGGUGUCUCUGCGGACGGCCACGCCUGCGGCCAGUCGCACGUCGACAGCGCAACGCGGAGCCGGUGGCCUUUCUCCAGCUUCACGCCCACAACGUCAAGCUUGAUCUCGACAUCGUAAACACGGCCCUCUUCCAAGUAUUCCGGGGUUUCGUGGCUGUUUCUGUGCGCCAGGUUCAGCUGGCCCCACGAGAGCAACACGUUCUCGCCGCCAGGAUACAGGUCGACGAGCCGGACGCUGACAUUAGCGAGCUUUUUGUCGGACGAGAGCGUGAGGUUGAUUUUUGGCUCGCCCAGCAGAUUGACCGUUCCUGCCAGCUCUGCAGAGUCAAAACACAGACAUUUCGCGUCCUCGUACCGCUGGUCGGCCGGAAAGUCGCCGGGAUAUCCAAACGGACAGAAGUUACCGCGGAAUAGGCCGUGCGACAGUGUUCCGCUGAAGCGGUAAUCGAGUCUCGCAGGCGGCCCGCUGCUCAAUUUAUUAUCUGGAGCUAAGGCAUAUUCCAGGCCCCCAGAAAAUUCCACAGAGUCGGUAGAUACCCACCGGCCGUUCCUGUACUCGUACGAGUCCUCAAUGCCCGAUGGGUCCUGGAUGUACGCCGUCAGACGGGGCAGAUGCAGCUCGCCUUCGUCGUGCAACCAUUUCUUGAACCAUUUGAGCGACAGCUGUUGGUACCCGAUUUUGGGGCCUGGCUUGGCCAUCUCCGGAUACUCGUGGACCCAGGGGCCCACCAGACCGCACGACUCCGGGUGAGGGAGGUGUUUCACCAUGCGGAACACAGGAGACGUGUAUCCGUCUCGCCAACCCCCCACCAGCAUAACCGGGAUGUCCACCUGGCUGUAGUCCUCGCAAAUGGAGCCGUGCUUCCAGUAUUCGUCGCGGGUCUGGUGUUCGAGCCAGUGCUUGACCAUCGGGACUACCUCGAUCCUUUGUUUCCAGUUCUCGCGCCAGCCGUCGCCCACAACACGAGGAUCUUGCGGCCGCGGAGCGUACGCCGCCAUCGUCGACCCCCACCACAGCAUGUCGGACGCCAUCACACACCCGCCACGGUAGUGCACGUCGUCGGAGUAUCUGUCGUCGGUCGACAUGAGCGAAAUCACCGCCUUCAGCGCAGGGUGUCUACGUGCUGCCACCUGCAACCCAUUGAACCCGCCCCACGACUUGCCAAACAUGCCGAUCCGGCCAUUGGACCAUGGCUGCGCCACAAUGUGGUCAAACGCGUCCAACGCGUCGUCCUGCUCGAGCUUCAAGUACUCGUCGGUCAGAACUCCGUCCGAGCUCGAGCUGCCUCGCAUGUCGAUUCUCAACGACGCCAGCCCGUUUCCGGCAUAGUACGGGUGUCGGAUUGCGUCUCGCUGGAUCGUCACGUCCGCCCUGUACGGAAUGUAUUCCACAAGCGUGCCGACUCGGAUCUUACCUUCCCAGGCUUCCCUGGGAAUCCACAGAUGGCCCUUGAGAAUAGCACCGUCGCGCACGGGAAUGUCGAUGUCUUCGAACUUGAGGAUCUGGUACGGAAGACUGGCAGGGUCCAGAACGGUAACGGGCUCUCUUUUGGAUCGUUUGACGUUGAAGGCCAUGACGAGGAUUAUUACCAAGUUAUCUUUUUUAGCACUAAUUAGGAAGUUUUUCACGAUAAUGGACAAUGCAUGGGCGAUAGCUUAUCUUUUAACGAGCUUAUUCUCGGGCGUUUCGCCGGGAUCGGCCCAUUUUCUCUGCAUCGCUUGAUUCGUGCCUCUACUGAGCCCUGCGUCCGCUGCGUCCAAAAACCAUACACUCGCUGCCCG